GCUUCUCGGAGUCGAGGGUAGUCUAGCGUUCCUGUUUCUAUGGCGACUUCCGAACCGUUCCUGUGAAAUUCCGGAAGCAGCGCUUUUACUAGGCCGCGGUUCGCCGUGGAUUGAGGAGGAGGUGCCGUUCUUCCCGGUUACCGUAGCUUAUAAUCUGCCGAGGAAAAAACAUCCAAGAUGGCUUCAGUCUCCACUUCACAUUCAUCUUCCAAGCUAACUGUAGCAUCACAAGUCCCAUUUACGGAUCUCUGUUCAACAUUAGAACGGAUACAGAAGUCCAAAUCUCGAUCAGAUAAAACAAAAUAUUUCAAGGAUUUUCUAGCUUCCUGGAGGAACUUUCAUGAUGCUCUUCAUAAAAAUGAGAAGGACGUGAUAGAUUCUUUUUAUCCUGCAAUGAGGCUUAUUCUUCCACAAUUGGAAAGAGAGAGGAUGGCUUAUGGCAUUAAAGAAACAGUGCUUGCUAAGCUCUAUAUUGAAUUGCUAAAUUUACCCAAAGAUGGAAAAGAUGCUUUAAAACUUUUAAAUUUUCGAACACCCACUGGCUCACAAGGAAAUGUUGGAGACUUUGCUAUGAUUGCCUACUUUGUUUUGAAAUCAAGAUGCAUCAACCAAGGUCAACUGACCAUACAACAAGUAAACGAUCUUCUAGAUUCUAUUUCUAAUAAUAAUGCUGCCAAAAGGAAGGAUCUAGUUAAGAAGAGCCUUCUUCAGUUAAUAACUCAGAGCUCAGCACUAGAACAGAAGUGGUUGAUCAGGAUGAUCAUAAAGGAUUUGAAACUUGGUGUCAGCCAGCAAACCUUAUUUUCUGUUUUCCAUCCUGAUGCUGCAGAACUACACAGUGUCACAACAGAUUUGGAAAAAGUUUGUAGGCAGCUGCAUAAUCCUUCGAUAUCACUUAGUGAUGCUUCUAUUUCAUUAUUUUCUGCCUUUAAGCCAAUGCUUGCUUCUAUUGCCAGUAUGGGCCAAAUUGAGAAACAAAUGAAUAAUCAGGCUUUUUACAUAGAGACCAAAUUAGAUGGUGAACGAAUGCAGAUGCACAAAGAUGGAGAUGUUUACAAAUACUUUUCCAGAAAUGGAUAUGAUUAUACUCAGCAGUUUGGUGCUUCUCCCCUCGAAGGUUCAUUGACUCCUUUCAUUCAUCAGGCCUUUAAAAAUAUUCAAAACUGCAUUCUGGAUGGUGAAAUGAUGGCCUAUAAUCCUACCACCCAGACUUUUAUGCAGAAAGGAAGCAAGUUUGACAUUAAAAGGAUGGUGGAUGAUUCUGAAUUACAAACAUGCUUCUGUGUAUUUGAUGUUCUUAUGGUCAAUGAUCAAAAGUUGGGUCAUGAGAUGCUGAGCAAAAGAUGCCAUAUAUUAAAUACGAUUUUUACCCCAAUGCCUGGUCGAGUACAGAUUGUUUCUAGAAUUCAAGCAAACACACAGAAAGAAGUAGUGGAUGCCCUAAACGAAGCCAUUGAUAACAGAGAAGAAGGAAUUGUAAUAAAAAACCCCAGGUCAAUUUACAAGCCAGAUAAGCGUGGGGAAGGAUGGCUGAAGAUCAAGCCAGAAUAUAUCAGUGGGUUGAUGGAUGAACUGGACCUUUUAAUUAUUGGAGGCUACUGGGGCAAAGGUCUUCGUGGUGGCAUGAUGUCUCAUUUUUUAUGUGCGGUUGCUGAGACUCCUUUGCCUGGUGAAAAACCAUCUAAAUUCCAUUCCAUUUGUCGUGUUGGUUCCGGCUGCACUAUGAAAGAAUUGUAUGAUCUUGGCUUGAAAUUAGCCUCAUAUUGGAAAAAAUAUGAUAGGAAGGUUCCCCCUUGUAGUAUCUUAUGUGGUGUUGAAAAGCCUCAAGCCUAUAUUGAUCCUUGUAAUUCAGUGAUUGUCCAGAUUAAAGCUGCUGAGAUUGUGAGUAGUGAUAUGUAUAAAACAGAAUGCACAUUACGUUUUCCACGCAUUGAAAGAAUAAGGGAAGAUAAAGAAUGGUAUGAAUGUAUGACUCUUGAUCAUCUGGAACAACUCAGAAGUAAAGCUUCUGGGAAGCUUGCAACAAAACACCUUGAUAUAGUUGAGGAUGAACCACAAGAAAAGAAGCGUAAAACUCUGGCAAAAAUUAAAAAAAUUGGUUUAAUGGAUCAUUUUAAAGCACCGGAUCUUUCUAAAAUACACAAAGUUUCUAAUAUUUUUGAAGAUGUUGAGUUUUGUAUUAUGACUGGGACACAAAAUUAUUCAAAGUGUGCCCUGGAAAGCAAAAUAGCAGAAUAUGGUGGCAGCAUAGUUCAAAAUCCUGGGCCGGAUACUUACUGUGUUGUGGCAGGGACUGAGAAUGUUAGAGUGAAAAAUAUUAUUUCUUCCAACAUUUAUGAUGUUGUGAGAGCAGAAUGGCUUUUACAAUGUUUCCAAGCUGGAAAGUUUGUGCCAUGGCACCCUGGUUUUAUGAUUCACAUGUCUCCUGAAACAAAGCAACAUUUUGCUUGUGAAUAUGAUACUUAUGGUGAUAGUUUCACAGCUGAUACUGAUCCACUAGAGUUGAAGGCAGUGUUCUCAAGAAUUAAUACCUCUGAAGAGAUUUCUCAGGAUGUGAUUGCUGACAUAGAAGCCCGAUAUUCUUGGGAAAGUUCCCUAAAUAUGUUCAGGCAACAAACCAUUUACCUGAGCCUUUCUGAUGAAAUGAGCAAUUCAAGGGACAGAAUAAAUCAAACCAGAUGUUUAACCGUAGAGUUGAUACUACGCUUUCAUGGAGCAAAAGUAGUAUCACAGCUUGAGGAAGGUGUAUCCCAUGUAAUCAGUGGAGAUCAUUCUGAUUUGAAGAAAAUAAAAGCCAUCAGAAGGACAUUUAAGAAAAAGUUUAAAAUUGUGUCUGAGCAAUGGAUAAAGGAUUCUGUAAAAGCUGGAGCAUUACAAAAUGAAAACUUGUACAUAAUGUAAGGUUUUGAUUUGUAAGAAAAAUGUUGUUAGGAUUGUGCAAAGCAUUUGAAAGAAGGUGAUUUGCAGUAACAGGAAUGGGACUGACGUACAUCUUUUUCAAAAUAGCCGUGCUUUCUACAAGAUGAUGUGACUGUUUCCAAAGUUGCUUUCAGAGCGCACACUAACCUGGCAGAAUGUGCUUUUUGAAUGUGUUGCACAAUUCCAUUCUUUUAAUAUUCCAACUCUUUGAAAGUAUGUGAAUGAAAGAAAAAGAUGCUCAGGGAACUAGGGUGAUGAUGAUUUCUCAGUUUUAUGUUUUUAUCUGUUUUACCUAGCUUUUAAUAUAUUUAUAGGAAAGCCUGUGUUACUCAGUUAUAUCUAUUAAAAUGUACAGAUCCUAAAUAACUUUUAUUGUUUGCAGCCAACAGGGCAAAUUUCCAGUAUUGCAUGUGAUUUCAGAUGUUUGUUUUAAAAAGUGUUGUCUAUCUAAAUCUGUGUUUCAUUCAUGUUUAAUGUAUUGUUACAAUGAUGAAUUUUUAAAUGAAUGGAUUUGUAUCCUCAAAAUUCAAAACAUCUAUAAUCUUAAUUGCAUCAUAGGAGUGCUUUGCCUAGCAAAGAGGCUUUUAGUUUUACAAACAUAAUUAAAGUUUUAGCAAAAGAGAGUCCAUGGAUCUAUUUUCUGAAACUUGAAAGGGCUGCUUUUCAAUAAUAUAGCAAGAAUAGUUUGUUUUGCACAUAUCUUCUUUUUCCAUCAUUCUGUAAUAAAUAUUUAACAUAAUCAAAUAAUAUAUAUAUAUUAAAACUCUGAUUCUGUUUUGAAAUAAGUAAUUAGUUGAGAAUAUUUAAUUUUAUGUAGGUAUAUAUUCAAGGUUAUUUUGCUGACUGUGCAGUACAAUUUCUAGUACUGAUAAUGUGUUUUAUUACAAGAUAUUAUACUAGGAUUAAACAUGCUUGGGAUAAACAGAUGUCCAUCAUCUGACAAAUUUAAAGAUUUUAAAAAAUAAUUAAAAUUUUAAUUAACUAAUUUAUUCUUAAUUAAAAAGAAAAGGCUUUUCCAAAGAAAACAGAAGCCGGCAAGGGCGUGGUUAUCCAGCAUCCCUGAAGACCUCCAUUGUCUACGCAAAAAGGCCUUUCCAAAGAGCAUGGAAGCGUGUUUAAGAACACAAGAUUUAAAGAAAACAGUUUCACCAGCAUCUGAGAAGACAGCCACUUUUCUGCCACCUGGUCUUGAGCUCUGCUGAGCUUCAAAAGGUAGAAGGCCUGAAUAGUGGUAAAGUAUGAGAUACAUCAGAGAGUGCAGGGAGGCCUUGGAUGGCUGGAAGCAGCUGGUUUUAUUCCUGCACUAAGCCCCCAUGGUCUUCCACAUCCCUUAGGUACAUCAUUCACACUUAACGACCAGUGCAUUCAAUUAACAAAUGCAUUGGGGUGAGGGAUGGGGCUCAUUCAUUCAACAGGAUUCAAUUAAUGUUAUGACCAUAAUGGGCAGUCUCCAUUACACUUGUAACUUGAGGAGUACCUGUAGUUGUGUUUCUCAAGAGGUAGUGAAUAUGGGCAAUGUAUGUGCAAGAGGCAGUAGAAUAUGGUAGUUUUGAUGGUUGUGGAAAAUGAGUUAAUAGGAAUUAUGGAAAGGACUAAAGGAACCAACUUCAAAGCUAAUGAUAAAGAAACCUGACACUGUUAAAAAAAGACACAGUAAGAAAGAGAAAAGCCUGUAUUAUACUACCUAGAAGGGGUGAGGGGACAACAAAAUAAACCCCAACCUCCUAAAAAUGGGAAAAUUAAACCCUACCUAAACAAAACUAACAAUUUAUUAUUCCCAAAUUAUAUCUAGUUCUGUAUAAUUUAAACUACAUAGAUGAGGAAAUAGGCAAUUGGCAUGUAAACGUUAGAGAUGAGCCAAAGGGGAGGAGGUGACAGGUUGACAGAAGCCAGAGGUGUGCCAGUCAGCCUAUUCCAGUUUUCAAGGCUGCAAAGCCUGAGGAAGGAAUGUGAACUGCACCAAGUGGCUCCAAACAUCUGAAUAGUUCCCAAAAACACAUAUGCAGCACAUCAUUGGACGAAGACAAACUAGACAAGGGGAGAGGGCCAGGGAGAAAGGGGAACACUUUGUGUGGGAACUUUAGUUCUAGCCUACUUUCAUUGUAACCACUAAUCCUUUUGUAAAAGAAGUUAUCGCUUCAACCAAAUGGAGUUGAGGGUCUUUCUUUCCAGCAGACCUAGCUGAGGCAGGUCUGACACAGUUGAACACCCAGGGUGGUUUUGUUUGGCACAUGGCCAAACAAGAAAAAAAGAUAAAGGUGCCAAAUUACCAAGAGGAGGCUGUAGGUGUCUGAAGGUUUCAUAUCACUUGACACUGUACACAGAGGUGAUUGUGGGGUUACCAGCCCCGCUAUUUUGCCAGUCUGCUACAGUUGCCAAUAAAUGUGAGUUUGAUCUCUUAAAAAAAUUGUGCAUACUAAAACAUCAGUUUGGUAUCUUUGGGAGUAUUUGUAAUAGAGAAUUGUGGUAGUAUACAAGAUGAAGCUCAUGUUAUCCCAACAGUCAAUCUCUUUAAUAUUUCAGACUAUAAUAAGAUUAUUGUAGCACGUAUUUAAAAGGCGGGUUUUUUUUUUCUUGUAGCUAUUGAAACUUUGCCUCUUGAAGUUAGAAAUAAUACAGCAACAUGUACAAGGAAAAAGAGAGGAACCUUUAUAUUCAUAUGCAUUCUAAGUAAUGUCUU